UUGAACGAAGCUACACUACCUACCUCCAGGAAUGCCUACCUGCCCAUUACACAAAAUGCACAUGCAAUUGAGGGACAGGUAUCGAAUUAACGAGGCCACCCCGGAACUGCCCCGGAACUGCCCCAGCACACCGCCCUAGGUCGUCCAAGGCUUUACCUAAUCCAGCGUUUGUUUUCUAGUCUUCGGGCUCGACGUUGCCAGCAGGGUCCUCGGCCAGGUUUCUCCGUAUCGAAAAAAAGACAACCACGACAACAACAACAACCCCAUCGUAGCACCCGUCUAUUCAUUUGUGCAAGCAAGACAUUCGCAAUCUCGACGACGACAGUUACCGCGGCGCGACCUACCAUGGCUGAGACGAGCGGCCAGGUCGAGCAGCUGGCCGCAUCCGUGCUCGACAAUCUCCGGCGCCAGCACGAUUGGACCGAGCUGCAGAUCCUGACUCACUCUCCGGUCGACAACUCGCCCCUCCCGAGACCUCUCAUCUCGGGCCUGCCCCCGCGCCGCCUCUACCUGCACCCGGACGACCAGAUCGAGAUGCUCAAGGCCUACCCGGGCCCAGAGGGCCGCAUCCCGGAGACCCCCGCCGUCGAAUGGGUCCUGCCUACGCACCUAGCCGAGGAGUGGACGCUCAGGGCGUUUGCAAGCGUCUUCGAUUCCAUGCCGCCGCCGGCCGAGACCGCCCCGGGCCGCGUCAAGAGGCUGCUACUGGCUACCGUACACGCCGACUCUACUGUCGUCUACUACUUCAUGCACGACGGCAUCGUCAAGCCCCGGCAGAACUGAGCGCCCGAUCUCCCUA